CACUUCAGAAUGGUUGUAAAUUGAUAAUAAAACUGUAAUGUGUACAUAUUUUACGUAUCAUUGCCUGUUUAUGGAUUUUGCAGAAAAACGAAAUCUUCAUAUGUAAAAUUCGCAGGGGAAACUUUGGAAAGGACGCUAAUAUUACUUGAAAAUAGCAAGAUUAGCAUGUGCACAACAAGUAGCUAGCUAGCCUGUGUAUUAUCAAAUCGUACGUGUUUGUUGAUCUGAAUUAACCCAUCGAAAGGGAAAAAACUAACGGAAGAAAUGGCAUCGGUAGAUGUGGACAGUAUCAGGUCGGAACUUGAAAUGUUCGACUUCGCCUGCGACGACGAGGUCCUCGAGAAAAUGCUGGAGCAGUGCAUGUGUCACCGGCUGACGAGCGAGGGCAUCGUGCUGGAGUGGGUGGCGUACAGCACCACCAAGAAAGGACUGAAGCUGAGCCUGGACACCCUAGAGAGGUUUGAGCACGAGGUGCUGAAUAAGAAAGUCAAAUCCAGGCCAAGCUUCUCCAAGAAGGAGGAGACCCUGAACAAGACCAGAGAUGUGAACUCUCUGCAUGACCUGAUCAAAGCUGAAGAGGAGGAGGAGAACCUGCUGGACUCCUACUCUACUCCAGCUAAGGGAUCCCAGAAGCGGGCGCUGACCACUCCAGAACAUCCGCGCUCCAAGAGGGGCGUUUCUGUGAUGCCCAGCCCGCAUCAGCUCCUCUCUCCGGCCAGUUUCUCCCCCAGUGCGACACCCUCUCAAAAGUACAGCGCUCGAGGAGGCCGGGGUGAGGUAGCAGCCAGGUUCGGGACAGUCCAGGGUGCCCAGUGGACGGGUCAGAGGGCCAGGGGACCAAUCAGAGUUGAGCUGCUGGAGGGGCCGGAGGAGUCCCUGGUCAGCAGCUACAAGUUCAUGUUCCAGAGGCUCAGAGACGUCCGCAACGUGCUCACGGAAAAGAUGGAAGAGCUGGGAGAGGAGCUGAGGUCGCACUUCAGCAUCGAGGAGUUCUCCCCCGCCUCGCUGCCAGCGCAGGACAGCGUGACGGUGCUGGGGCAGGUGUGUUGUGACGGAAACGGGAAGCUCAACGCCCAGUCCGUGCUCCUGGAGGCGGGGCAGGACCAGGGCGGGAGGCAGGUGCCCGUCGACCUAUCAGAGCUCAAGGAAUUCUCCCUCUUCCCUGGACAGGUGGUCGUCAUGGAGGGGAUGAACACAACCGGAAAGAAGUUGGUGGCCUCUAAGCUGUAUGAGGGGAUACCUCUCCCGUUCUACACUGCUAAUGAACAGAACGAGGACAGGGUAGACGAUAAUGAGCCUGUGAUGGUGAUGGUGGCCUGUGGACCAUACACCCCCUCCGACAGCCUGAGCUUUGACCCGCUGCUGGACCUCAUCAGCGUCAUCAUCCGGGACCGCCCUGACGUCUGCAUUUUGCUCGGCCCUUUUGUGGAUGCCAAACACCAUCAGAUAGAGAAAUGCCAGCUGACGGAGACCUUUGAAGCCGUGUUCUCGAGAUGUGUGGACAGCAUUGUGGAAGGAACAAAGGGAGUGGGCUGUCGGCUGGUGUUCGUGCCGUCCCUGAGAGACGUCCACCAUCACUUCAUUUACCCACAACCCCCCUUCACCCUGCCGGACCUGAGCCGAGAGGACGCGGAGCGCGUGUCGCUGGUGUCUGACCCCUGCACGCUGCUCAUCGGGGGCGUGACCUUUGGCCUGACCUCCACCGACAUCCUCUUCCACAUGGGGGCGGAGGAGAUCAGCAGCAUAUCGGGAUCUGACAGAUUCUCUCGCAUCUUGAAACACAUGCUGACCCAGAGGAGCUAUUACCCGCUGUACCCCCCCGCUGAGGAGGUCAACCUGGACUACGAGCGGUUCCAGAUGCACGGGCAGAUGCCCGUCACGCCGGACGUUCUCCUCGUGCCCUCCGAACUGCGCUACUUCAUUAAGGAUGUCAUUGGAUGUGUGUGUAUCAAUCCUGGCCGAUUGACCAAAGGACAGGUGGGCGGGACUUACGGAAGGCUGCUCAUCCAGCAAGGGCCCUCAUUGGCUGAAGGAAAGAGACGAAAUCCGUGUGUUGCUUGUCAAGUGGUGAAAAUCUGAUUGUGGUCUUUUCUAAUUCAUACCUUAGUGUACAGUUGUAGUUUGAAAUUACUCAGUCCUCACUUGGCUCCUGUCUCUUAGCUCCAUACUUUGCUGGGUCUAAUUGAAAGUCCCGAUAUGGUCCUUUUUGUGUUUUAAAUUGGACAACAUGAUACUAUUGUCUAAAACAGAGGGACACUGCAGAGAGUCAAGUCAUACUAUGUUCGCAUCAGAUUUCUGAUUAAUUUCUUAAUAAUCAUAUUUUUUCAAUAAAUUAUGUAUUCUCA